AUGGCCGGGCACGGUGCUCUCCGCGCGCUGCUCCUGCUGCUGCUGCUCGUGGCCGCGGGGGCGAGCACAGGGGCCGCGGAACGCCUCGCGUGGCUGCUGGCGGACAAGGGACCGUUCCGCCGCGCGCACGAGUUCACCGAGUUCUCCGAGCGACACCAACACGGUUUCACCACCCGCUACAAGAUUUACAGGGAGUUUGGCCGAUGGAAGGUGAACAACUUGGCUGUGGAGAGGCAGGAAGCAGUGCCCUUAGACCCCGACUUUGUGCGCAACAUCAGGCAGCUGGGGCGACGGCCGAGCCUUCAGAUGAUCACGGACAAUAUCAUCAAGAAGUAUGGCACCCAUUUCCUCGUCUCAGCCACUCUUGGAGGCGAGGAGUCCUUGACCAUUUUUGUGGAUAAGAGGAAGCUGAGUGAAGCCCAUUCAAACAGCGGUGCCGCAAAUGGCACGCUGACACUCGAGGCCCUCCAUCACCUCGCUGCCUCCUACUUCAUUGACCGAGACAGCACACUGAGGAAACUGCACCACCUUCAGAUUGCCUCUGCCGCCAUCAAGGUAACUGAGACAAGGACUGGCCCGCUUGGCUGUAGUAACUAUGACAACCUCGACUCUGUUAGCUCCGUUUUGGUCCACAGCCCUGAGAACAGAAUUCAGCUCCAAGGCCUCCAGGUCCUUUUGCCGGAGUACCUCAGGAGUCGGUUUGUACAAGCGGCACUGAGUUACAUUGGCUGCAGCGGCGAGGGCCACUUCACAUGCUGGGGCAACGACUGCUGGUGUCAGUGUAGUGAAGGGCACCCGCAGUGCAACUGCCCCCACGCCAGCCUCCAAGCACAGCACAGCAACCUGGAGCACACGAACGAGGCCUGGAAGCAUGCCAACCAGGAGUUUGAGCAAUCAGAUGAGUUCCACGCUUUCAUGGUCCGUUUGUCGACGCAUGCAGCCCUGAAUUUGUCAUCAGUAUGGCGUGCAUGGAGAAGUGAUGCAGCACUGCUAAAGCGCUACAGGAAGUUAGAGAACGACGCCGUUUCCCUCCUCAACAAAGCGCAAGAAUACGCUGCAAAACUCUUCAGCCUCAGCCGGAGGUGUCACUCGCAACCCAAAAUAAUCCUGCAAAGGGAAAGACGCCUCAGUUACUGGCUGCAACGUGUCCUUUCCCUUCUGUACUGCGGUGAAGCUGAGAGUCCAGGAAUCUACUCGGAGGUAACGCGCAGUUGCGUUUGUCCAGGCGGCCAUCUGUCCUGCCAAGGUUUGAUCCCCUGCUCAGUGGGCAGCGGAAGCCGUUGUGCAUCAUGCUCUCCGGAAAAUCGAACACGCUGCUCAAGCUGCAACAGCGGCUUCGCCCUGAGCCACGGAUUGUGCCGCCCUGCUGCUCCAAGCCCCACCAAACAGUACCUUGGCACCGAGACAGAAAUGCACGACUCGGAACUGCGCGAUCUCCUGGAGCAGCGUGACUCCAACCUCGCCUUAUCCGCCAUCUUUGUGAGCAGUGAUGUCAAACUCAACACCUGGUUCAAACCUUCAUGGAGGAAAAGGAUGCUCCUGACUCUGAAGAGCAAUAAAUCCAAGUCAAGUCGAGUCCACAUGCUGCUGGGAAUUUCGGCACAGAUUUGCAUGACGAACAACUCGACCCUGGAGCCAACGCUUUCUGUUUCGGUGAACCCUUUUGGUGGGAGCCACUCAGAGAGCUGGACCAUGCCAGUGAACCAAAACGGGUACCCUGACUGGGAGAAAAUGAGGUUAGGCACCCCUGUGGACUGCUACAACUGGACUUUGACGUUGGGAAACCGCUGGAAGAGCUUCUUCGAAACGGUCCAUUUCUACCUGAGGAGCAGAAUCCAGAGUGACGGCGCUCAAGGGAAUGACACAGGCGAAUCAGAAGUGGCGAACAGAAACGCCUCGCAGAAUGUUGGCUACAUGAAAAUGAACAGCAUUCAGCUGUUCGGAUACAGCGUGCACUUUGACCCGGAAGCCAUUCGAGAUUUGAUCCUGCAGCUGGACUAUCCAUACACGCAGGGAUCUCAGGACACGGCGCUGCAGGAGUUGAUGGAGAUUCGGUACCGAGUCAAUCGAUUAUCUCCUGCUGGACCGGCGCUUCUGGACCUUUUCUCUUGUCUCCUUCGACACCGGCUCAAACUCUCAACUUCAGAGGUGUCACGAAUCCUUGUGGCACUGCAGGCUUUUGGUACUAAACAUCGAUAUUACACAGAGUACGAAGCCGUCAAACUUUGUAGCUAA